CAGUUAAUGCUCAAAGUAGAGGAUACUAUCUUCCUUCUUUCCACUUUUGUCCUGUAUGAACUUGUGGCUCUGUUUCACGGCUUAGUUCAGAUAUGAAAUCCUUGGAUUAAUUGUUCUGAGGAAUUACUAUAAAUAGGGAAUGAUUUGCAUACAAAGAUAGUAUUCUGAGAUAUCAUAUAAAUAUUUGCAGUGCAUUUGUGCUUCUUAUUCCAUCAUCUUCUUGAUUACAUUAAUUAAGAUGGAGUUGGGAAGGUGGCUCAAACAUGCUUAUGCAAUAUCAAUUGUGCUUCUUCUGCAUAUCAACGCUUCCUUAUCCCUCGGCCACCACCAUGCUAACGUGACGGCAAGGUGCCUAGAGAGGGAGAGGGAUGCACUCCUUGCUAUCAAAGGAGACCUGGUGGAUGAAUACAACCUGCUCUCUUCGUGGGGAAGCGAAGCCCAAAAGCGAGACUGUUGCGGAUGGGAAAGAGUCCACUGCGAUCACCAGACUGGCCAUGUUAUUCAACUUCAUCUGAAUGCAGAAAUGAAGGAGAUCUCUUUGCAAGGUAAGUACCGUGAGCAUAUACAUAAAACUUUGCAAGGUGAAAUUAGUCCUAAAAUCAUUGAGUUGCAGCAUUUGGAAUAUUUGAACCUCAGUGACAAUUCCUUCAUUGCCAGCCAAAUUCCAGCACUCAUUUGUUCUCUAUCCAAUUUAAGACACCUAGAUCUCAGUUUCAAUGACCUCUCUUGGAGCAAAAUUCCAAAGCUCAUUGGUAAUCUGACCAAUUUAAUAUAUCUAGAUCUCUUUGGGAAUGAAUUAGGUGAUGAAAUUCCAUAUCAUCAGCUUGGAAACCUUACUCAUUUGCAGUAUCUCAAUCUCGGGUAUAAUUUCUUCACUGUUGGAGGAAACCUCAAUUGGCUCUCACAUCUUUCUUCUUUAAAAUACCUGGACUUGAGUUCCACGAGUCUAAGUAAGGUUUCUGAUUGGCUGGAAACAAUAAACAAGCUCCCUGACCUAAGAAACUUGACCUUAAUAGGAUGUGAUCUUCCUCCUCCAAUUCUUUCCACUCUUUCUCACAUAAAUUCUUCCAAUUCUCUUGUAAGUGUUGAAUUGUCUGAAAAUCCUGCUGUCAGUUCUUCAAUAUUCAAAUGGUUGUGCAACUACAAUACCACCCUUGUUCAUAUUGACCUCUCUUCCACCCAAUUAAGUGGUUUGAUUCCCGAUGCUUUCAAAAAUAUGAAUUCACUUGCAUAUCUUGGCCUCCGUGAUAUCCAAUUAAGUGAUUUGACUGCUAAUGCUUUUGCAAACAUGAGCUCACUUGCAACUCUUGACCUCUCUUCCAACCAAUUAAGUGGUUUGAUUCCCUAUGCUUUUGCAAACAUGAGCUCACUUGCAACUCUUGACCUCUCUUCCAACCAAUUAAGCGGUUUGAUUCCCGAUGCUUUUGCAAACAUGAGCUCACUUGCAACUCUUGAUCUCUCUUCCAACCAAUUAAGUGGUUUGAUUCCCCAUGCUUUUGCAAACAUGAGCUCACUUGCAACUCUUGAUCUCUCUUCCAACCAAUUAAGUGGUUUGAUUCCCGAUGCUUUUGCAAACAUGAGCUCACUUGUAACUCUUGACCUCUCUUCCAACCAAUUAAGUGAUUUGAUUCCUUAUGCUUUUGCAAACAUGAGCUCACUUGCAACUCUUGACCUCUCUUCCAACCAAUUAAGUGAUUUGAUUCCUUAUGCUUUUGCAAACAUGAGCUCACUUGCAACUCUUGACCUCUCUUCCAACCAAUUAAGUGGUUUGAUUCCCAAUGCUUUUGCAAACAUGAGCUCACUUGCAACUCUUGACCUCUCUUACAACCAAUUAAGCGGUUUGAUUCCCGAUGCUUUCAAAAAUAUGAAUUCACUUGCAUAUCUUGGCCUCCGUGAUAUCCAAUUAAGCGGUUUGAUUCCCGAUGCUUUCAAAAAUAUGAAUUCACUUGCAUAUCUUGACCUCUCUUUAAACCAAUUAAGUGGUUUGAUUCCCGAUGCUUUUGCAAACAUGAGCUCACUUGCAACUCUUGAUCUCUCUUCCAACCAAUUAAGUGGUUUGAUUCCCGAUGCUUUUGCAAACAUGAGCUCACUUGUAACUCUUGACCUCUCUUCCAACCAAUUAAGUGGUUUGAUUCCCCAUGCUUUUGCAAACAUGAGCUCACUUGCAACUCUUGACCUCUCUUCCAACCAAUUAAGUGGUUUGAUUCCCCAUGCUUUUGCAAACAUGAGCUCACUUGGAACUCUUGACCUCUCUUCCAACCAAUUAAGUGGUUUGAUUCCCUAUGCUUUUGCAAACAUGAGCUCACUUGCAACUCUUGACCUCUCUUCCAACCAAUUAAGUGGUUUGAUUCCCCAUGCUUUUGCAAGCAUGAGCUCACUUGCAACUCUUGACCUCUCUUCCAACCAAUUAAGUGGUUUGAUUCCCGAUGCUUUCGCAAACAUGAGCUCACUUGUAAGUCUUGACCUCUCUUCCAACAAAUUAAGUGGUUUGAUUCCCGAUGCUUUUGCAAGCAUGAGCUCACUUGCAACUCUUGACCUCUCUUCCAACCAAUUAAGUGGUUUGAUUCCCCAUGCUUUCGCAAACAUGAGCUCACUUGUAAGUCUUGACCUCUCUUCCAACAAAUUAAGUGGUUUGAUUCCCGAUGCUUUUGCAAGCAUGAGCUCACUUGCAACUCUUGACCUCUCUUCCAACCAAUUAAGUGGUUUGAUUCCCGAUGCUUUUGCAAACAUGAGCUCACUUGUAACUCUUGACCUCUCUUCCAACCAAUUAAGUGGUUUGAUUCCCGAUGCUUUUGCAAACAUGAGCUCACUUGUAACUCUUGACCUCUCUUCCAACCAAUUAAGUGGUUUGAUUCCCAAUGCUUUUGCAAACAUGAGCUCACUUGCAACUCUUGACCUCUCUAAUAACCAACUUGAAGGAGGAAUCCCAGCAUCCAUUGGCCAGUUGUGUAAUUUGCGAAACUUGGCCAUUUCACUCAGCAGGUUGCGUGGACAACUCUCUGAAUUUGUUCAAGCAUCGUCUAUAUGUACUCAAAACUCAUUGGAGAGAUUGGAUCUCUCUCAUAAUGAUCUUGCUGGGUUUUUUCCUAAUCUUGCAAACUUUCAAUCAUUGAAGGAAUUAUAUCUCUCUAAAAACCAGUUGAGUGGAAUCAUUUCUGAUAGUAUUGGAAAGUUGUCUUCUUUGAUGACAUUAGAUCUCAAAGAAAAUAGGUUAAGCGGAAUGAUACCGGAGAGUAUUGGGCAAAUGUCAUUGUUGGGAGAGUUAUAUCUACAGGGAAACCAACUUAGUGGAAUGAUACCGGAGAGUAUUGGGAAAUUGUCAGCCUUGCAAACAUUAGAUCUCUCCGGUAAUCGAUUAAGCGGGCAAGUACCUGAAAGUAUUGGACAAUGCUCAAACCUGGUCGAUAUGAAUCUUAGUAAGAAUUCUUUGGAAGGGGUAAUUUCGGAAGUUCAUUUGUCAAAACUGUCCGGAUUAAUUGAUUUGGAUUUAUCCGAUAACCCAUUAGUUUUCAAAGUCAGUUCUGAUUGGGUUCCUCCUUUUAAAUUGGAUUCUUUAAGUUUGAAAUCAUGCAAGGUCGGGCGGUAUUUCCCAAACUGGCUUCGAACUCAACAAGGUCUUUUCGAACUUGAUAUUUCUUAUGCUGGAAUUUCAGAUGUCCUUCCAAGUUGGUUCUGGAGUCUCGUUGGUAACACCAUGACUCAGACAAUAGAUAUCUCUCAUAAUCAAAUUAGAGGAACAUUUGAGAGUUCAACAUUGAAUGCUACAUCAUUGCCUGGAGUUGAAGUUCAUUUCGCGUCCAAUCAAUUCGAAGGUUCAAUACCGUCAAUUCUAUUUGCUGCUUCAUAUUUGGAUCUCUCCAAUAAUAAGUUUUCAGACAUGACAUCCUUGUGUGUUACUUCAGAGCUUCAAAGUCUAAAGUUUCUUGAUCUCUCAGGCAAUCAUAUUUCAGGAGAAAUUCCAGAUUGUUGGAGACAUUUGGUCUCUCUAAAACUACUCGAUUUGGGUAGCAAUGCUUUUUCUGGGAAAAUCCCAACCACUAUAGGCACUUUAUUUCAAAUGGAAACAUUGAAAUUGAGAAGCAACAAACUUGUGGGAGAAAUGCCUUCAUCCUUGAAGAAUUGUAAGAGCUUAAAAGUGAUUGAUCUCGGAGAAAAUAAUCUUUCAGGAUCAGUCCCUGAAUGGUUGGGUGUUAGCUUUCCAAAUUUGGUUAUACUAAUGCUUCAAUCUAAUCAGUUUAGAGGGAGCUUGCCUUCACAGUUAUGUAAUUUAACGCACAUUCAGAUUUUGGAUUUCUCUGUGAACGAAAUCUCUGGAACUAUACCUAAAUGCCUCAAUAAUUUGACUUCUUUAACUCAAGGAGGAAAUUCAAGUCUAACCAUCAGACAUUCUUUUCAUCCAUCUAUUGCACACGCACCUAUAUCUGAGGAAGCACCUAGCGGAAGUACGCCCUCGCCACCGCCACCUCCGAUGCCAUCUGAUUACUACGAGGACAAUGCAACCUUCAUGUGGAAAGGAAGAAUGUCAGCAUACAAAAGUACUUUGGGACUUGUCAAGAGAAUUGAUCUCUCGAGCAACAAAAUAACAGGGGAAAUUCCAAGUGAGAUCACUCAUCUUGUUGGUUUGGUUUCUUUGAACCUUUCAAGAAACCAUCUAACAGGACAUAUUCCUUCACAGAUUGGAAAGCUGAAGUUCUUAGAUUCUCUUGAUUUGUCAAGAAACCGGAUAAAUGGGAAGAUUCCGACAAGUCUUGCUCGGAUCGAUCAACUUGCUUACUUGGACCUGUCAUACAACAACUUGUCUGGCGAAAUUCCAACUGGUACCCAACUCCAAGACCCUUCCUCUUUUGAUGGAAAUCUUAAAUUGUGUGGAUUUCCACUUGAAAAGAUUUGUGAUCCGGAAGGAAACGGUCGGCCAAAUGUCUCGAGCAAUGAAGAAGAUCCAGAUGAGCUCAUCACGCAGGGUUUUUACAUAAGUCUAGGAGUUGGAUUUGCUGUUGGAUUUUGGGGAGUCUCCGGGAGUUUGAUAUUCAAGAGGUCAUGGAGAUAUGCAUACUACAACUUCUUGAAUGCUUCAAAUGAUUGGCUUUACGUGAAGGUAGCUUUGAUCAGACGGCAAUUAAGUGAUGUGCUUCAUGCAUAAUCAUAAACGCGUCAGCAUCUUCUGAGACAAGUACGACGGACAAUUGUACAAGUUUCCCAGCAGUGAAGGAGUGUUUAUGGAAGUACUAGUCUCUUGGUUAAUGGUGUUUUCUUUCUUAAUUUUUUUUUUUCUCUUUUGUCCAUGUUGUUUGUGUUGUGUUACUGAUGUUUUUAUCUUGUAUUAUAUUUCACUUGAGGAAUUCAGUUUACUGUCCCUCAUUGUAUUGUCCAAGUUUUCAAUAAUAAAUUGUACCUCUCCUCCUGUACCAUUGAGGUUUAAGGUGAGGUACCAGAAAUUUUGUUUUACUAAAUGAUUUGUACUGUUAUUGUAAAAUCUUGUUGGAGA